AUGCUUUCAGCCGCCAAACGUAGCUUCUCCACUACCCGUUUCAACCCAUACAAAGUCACCGUCUUGGGCGCUGGCGGUGGUAUUGGUCAACCACUAUCGUUGCUAUUGAAACUAAACCAAAAGGUCACCGACCUCAGACUGUACGACUUGAAAGGCGCUCCCGGUGUUGCCGCCGAUUUGUCUCACAUUCCUACCAAUUCUGUGGUCAAGGGCUUUCAGCCUGAAAACAAUGGUCUCAAAGACGCUUUGAAAGGUACCCAGGUGGUUUUGAUCCCAGCCGGAGUUCCCCGUAAACCAGGUAUGACGCGUGACGACUUGUUCUCCAUCAAUGCCUCCAUUGUACGCGAUUUGGCAGCCGCGUGUGCUGAAAACGCUCCAGAUGCCGCUAUCCUAGUGAUCUCCAACCCUGUUAACUCCACAGUGCCAAUUGUGUCACAAGUUUUGAAAAACAAGGGGGUUUACAACCCCAAAAAACUGUUUGGUGUGACCACCCUGGACGUGAUCCGUUCUUCGCGUUUUAUCUCCGAAGUCGCCCACACUAACCCCACUCAGGAAAAGGUCACCGUUAUCGGCGGCCAUUCCGGCAUCACUAUUAUCCCAUUGCUAUCGCAAACCAAACACAAAAACCUAGAUACAGCUACGCGUGAAGCGCUGAUCAACAGAAUCCAGUUUGGCGGUGACGAAGUGGUCAAGGCCAAGAACGGAGCUGGUUCUGCCACCUUGUCCAUGGCUCAGGCCGGUGCUAGAUUUGCCAACUCCGUGUUGCAAGGCUUGGACGGCGAAAACGACAUCAUCGAGCCAGCUUUUGUGGAUUCUCCUCUGUACAAGAGCGAGGGUAUCGAGUUUUUCGCUUCUCCUGUGAAACUGGGUCCUCACGGUGUUGAAAAGGUAUACUCCAUCGGUGAGACUUCUUCUGAGGAAGACGAGCUGUUGGCCAAAUGUAAGGAAACUUUGAAGAAGAACAUUGAAAAGGGUUUGAAUUUUGUCAACCAGGCUUGA